ACCAAAAUAAGCCUCGGUAAAGCGCCAAGCCGGCGCCAACAGGGUAGGUAGUGAUGCAAGAAGAGCAAACGGCCGCAGCAAGUGGCGACCAAACACUUUCAAAGACUCCGGCUCUGGACGAUCCAUCUCUGCCGCUGCGACCGCCUAAGACUGUUAUUUUAGCCGAUCUCAAUGUCGACCCUCCCGAGAGCGACGGCGAGGAUUGCCCCUUCGUCCCCGUUUCCGUAUCCCCUGCCAGGUUAUGCAGGAGCAGCAAUGAUGACACUACUGAAGUAAAAAAUACUGUAAUCAACAAAGAUCCUGAUGUCAUUGAAAGUGAAGAUCCGGAUCAACAAUGCCAUGGCGUCUCUUUUUCCCGUGAAGAAAAAGUCAGCAUCUUAAAAGCUGGUUUGGUACAUGUUGCAAGAAAAAUGCCCAAAAAUGCUCACGCACACUUCCUACUUGGUUUGAUGUACCAAAGAUUGGGCCAACCUCAGAAGGCUGUUGCUGCAUUUGAAAAAUCAUCAGAGAUAUUGCAAAGGGAUGAAGAAGAAAUUCGCAGACCAGAUUUGCUCUCUCUAGUGCUCAAUCACCACGCACAGUGCAUUAUACAGGUAAACAUAGGCGAUAGCUCUGAUAAAGAACUUGAGCCUAGUGAAUUAGAUGAGAUUCUUACAAGGAUAAAAGAUUCAUUGCACUUAGAUGCCAAGCAGGCAGCAGUGUGGAACACACUUGGGCUUAUACUUCUAAGAACUGGACGUCCUCAGAGUGCAAUUGCUGUUUUUUCUUGUAUAUUGGUUAUCACCCCAGACUUUUUGGACUCACUCGCUAAUCUUGGCAUUGCAUACCUUCAAAGUGGAAAUUUGCAGCUUUCAGCAAAAUGCUUUCAAGAUUUGAUCCUGAAAGACCAAAAUCAUCCUGCUGCUUUGAUUAACUAUGCUGCCUUCCUUCUGUGUAAAUAUGGUUCUAUCAUUGCAGGACCCGGUGCCAAUGCUGGUGAAGGUACUUAUCUGCAUAAAGUUGAAGCUGCAACUGUGGCAAGGGACUGCUUAUUAGCAGCAACAAAAAUUGAUCCUAAAUCUGGGCCGUUAUGGAUUAAUCUUGCUAAUGCAUAUUAUUUGAUUCAUGACUAUGACAAUGCAAAGAGGUGUUUGGAAAAGGCAGGCAAGUUGGAGCCCAACCAGAUGUCAGUGCGAUAUGCCAUUGCUCUGCAUCGAAUCAAAUAUGUUGAAAGAUUUCAAGAAUGUAAUGAUCAAAUAGCAUGGGCUGCAAAUGAGAUGGCAUCUAUUCUUAAGGAAGGAGAUCCUUCAAUGAUUGAUCUUCCAAUUACAUGGGCAGGCUUGGCAUUGGCUCAUAGAGUAGAACAUGAAAUUACGGUAACACGUGAAAGUGAAAAUAAGGGGCUUGUAGAGGUUGAGGAGCGUGCUCUUUAUUCACUAAAACAGGCAGUUGAGGAGGAUCCAAAUGAUGUGGCGCAAUGGCAUCAAUUUGGCCUACACAAUCUUCGUGUUCUGCAGUUCAAUACAUCUGUGAGGUUCCUCAAGGAAACUGUAGCUCGAUGCGUGGAAUGCAGCUAUGCUUGGUCUAAUCUUGGUGUGGCUUUGCAGCUUUCAGAUGAUCCAUCCUUAACAGAAGAGGUUUACAAACGUGCUCUAUCCUUAACCACUGCUCAACAGGCGCAUGCCAUUCUUUCAAAUCUUGGAAAUCUCUUUCGCCAGCAAAAAAGAUUUGAACAUGCGAAGAUUAUGUUUGCAAAAUCUCUGGAGAUCUGCCCAGGAUAUGCACUAGCACAUAACAAUCUUGGUCUGGUUUAUGUGGCAGAGGGCAGGUGGGAAGAUGCAGUAAGCUGCUUUGAGAAGGCUCUGCAGUCCGAUCCUCUUCUCGAUGCUGCGAAAUCCAAUAUGGUCAAAGUAGCAGUCAUGUGCAGUACUGCUGGUUCCUCAAAAUGAUGCAGAAUGAGAUAAGCCUUUUCUGUUUCUUUCAGCUCAUCAAACUGACUUGCAUUUCAUGUGUUAGAUUCGGUGAAAGCUUAUUGGAGUUUUAGGCCUAGUUUUCUUGCAGCUAUGUGAAAUUUAUAGCAUGUAAUUAAAGUUCCAUAGCUUUGAUUUAGACCUCAUACGUAGCAACAGGGUAUAUGACAAAUAAGUUAAUGUUAAUAAUUUUAUAAAUAUUAA